UGGCGGAAGUGCGUAAAAAUGCGGUUCAAAAAAAGAUAUCUGCUAUGUGAGAUCAUAUACGCUGAUCGUCUGCAAAUCGCCAAGAAGGUCACUGGAAAAGAUGUGUAUUACAGUGUGAAGCAGAUGGUGCAGAAGGCCCAUGGAGAUUACGGGAUGGGCGCCCUUCAGAUAUCACUAGCAGUGAAAUAUUUUAACGCACAGACAAACAUGGUGAUAUUUCGGGCUGAUCGAGCCUUCUACAAACUGCUGAUGUCUGCUCUUGCUUUGACAAAGGAACUUUUUGGACAAGAAGCCUGUUUUCACACACUGCAUGUGUCAGGCACCAUACGGUCGUGUCACAAAUUCCUGGUCAAACACCACAGACAACAGUUACCACUGAUGCUUGCUCAGUGUACCACAGAAGAAGAAAAGGACAAGCUGAGACAGAUCAUCCAUGGCAUAGACAAGAGACAGGCGUCAUUGAUGGGUCCAGUUCUGGAUCCUGAAGGUCACAGUGGACAGAGAUCAUGAGGAAGACAGGAGGAUGCUGUGAAAGACUUUCAGAUUACUAGUGAUAUGAGAUGGCGGUGCGAACACCACACAAGGCGAUCUCACAACCAUGAUGGAAGUUACAGAAUUCAGUGAUCUCGGGGAUGUAUGUGGAUGUGCUUGAGGCCUGAAGGUUCUUGUAAGAGAAGGUAACACAUGGAGACUUGAAGAAGGUAACAGAUGGAGACUUGAAGAAGGUAACAUGUGGAGACUUGAAGAAGGUAACACAUGGAGACUUGAAGAAGGUAACAUGUGGAGACUUGAAGAAGGUAACACAUGGAGACUUGAAGAAGGUAACACAUGGAGACUUGAAGAAGGUAAACAUGUGGAGACUUGAAGAAGGUAACACAUGGAGACUUGAAGAAGGUAACACAUGGAGACUUGAAGAAGGUAACAUGUGGAGACUUGAAGAAGGUAACACAUGGAGACUUGAAGAAGGUAACAAGUGGAGACUUAAAGAAGGUGGAACAAACAUCAGUGGUCUCUGUGAUCGAAGGUUAGCACUAUGAAAAAUAUUGUAUAAGGAGAUGAUUGAGAUGAAACUGGAAGAAGGUGGAAAAGAUUCCAGUAGCCUCUGUGGCAGAGGAUUAGCUCUAGAAUAUUGCAUGAGCAGAAGGGUUGAAGUCAUAAUAGUUUGUCAUAUGAAGUAGACAUCAAACAGGGGGAUGUCACCAUGAUUCCAGGAAUCUCAAUGUUGUGGCUGUGCGAGGGAUACAUGCUAAGAGAGGAAGGUGGCAAAGCAGGAUUGCAUUGGUGCACUUAUUCACUUCUUUUUUAGCCAGU